ACUUGCGCAAGGAUGAUGAUGCCAUCGCCGCCCGUGGUCGUCGAGGACGACAUGGACAUGACGGAAGAGACGACGACGAUGGUCCAGGACGACGUCGACAUGGAAGGUGCGUCCGUCGAGAUCCAGACGCUCCUCCUCCAGCUCAAGCUGCAGCUCGACCUACGCGACAGCGACCCCGACAGCUUCCAGUUCGAGUACCUUGCACCCGACCACGUGCUCGUCAAGUGCUUCGUGCCACUGCCCGCCCACUCAUCCAUGCUGCCCCUGAUCCCGCUCGUCUUGCUGCGCAUGCAGCUCAUGGCGGACAGCGCAUUCGAGAUUGAAAUCCUGUCCGGCACACACCUCUACGUACCGCCGGAGCUCGUCCUGCGCCACGGCGACCGCUUCUUCCUCAUGCUUCCGUCGCUGCAGUCAGGAGGCAGCCUCUGUCGCCGAUAUGGCAACAACUUUGCGCGCAUCACGCCCAAGCUCGUGAACGAGCUCAUCGACCAGAUCCACACGCACGACCCUAAGCCGUCGCUUGCACCCAUCGACACUACAGCAACCGCUACGACUUCGACUGCACAGAAACGAUCCGCGGCGACGACGCCCUGUGCGUCCCCGCAGCCGCCAACGCUUGUUCCUCUCGCCCACGUCCCCGGCACGAUCUUCCAAGCGAACGAGAUGCAAGGCGACCGCAUCGUGCGCGCCCUUCUUGUCUCGAUCACACACACGUCGCUUUGGCUUCUCGUGCCCCGCAACAUUCCGCUGCGCCGGAACGAGCUCGAGCUGGGGCAGCUCACGGAGCGCGUUCCGUUCAAGUCUCUCUCGCGCGUCUCGUACAAGCGCAACGAGUCGAUUUCGCUCGAGUUCCAGCCGCACUUGAACCGACCACCGCAAACGAUUUACGCGCCGCAGAGCAGCCACAUGGUCGGCCUCCUCCAAGAUAACAUCGAGCGCUUCCGCGGCGACCGCGCCAAGCGCCCGCGCUACGAAGAAAAAAAGAAGGGCCUCGAAGGCGCGUUCAGCAGCUUUCUCUCCAACGUCGAGAAGAGCGCGCAGAAGGUCGUGGGCCAGCUCAACCACGUCGGCAAGAUGCUUCUCGGCGAAGACACACAAGGGCCGUCCCUCAACGUCAUCUCGCAGAUGGAAGCCGACUUCUUCCGCCACCCAGCAUUGCCCCGAGUCUACGCGGUCACCGAGUCGUACCACCACGUCGCCCAGCAAGUCGACAUUGGCGACGACGGCGUCAACGACAAAGCCGAGCUCUACAUGCUCAUGUUUCUGCGACAACCGCAAGUCCAGGCGCUGCUAGGAUAGGACGAAAACACUGAACAGUAUUAACAGCUAGUAUGUCAUCGGAGGCGCGG